AUGCUUCUUGACACACAACAAAAAACCCAACACAAACUUGAAAUGGAGAUUAAAGUGGUACAACAAGAAAAGAAAUCUCCCCUCUUAGAAGAAAACUUAGAAUUACCAGAAGUUGAAAAAAACAUUAUACAAAAAGCAAUUAGUCAAACAUUUCAAAGCACAUCACACUUAGCCAAUCUUCUACCUACUGGUUCUGUUCUUGCUUUUCAACUUUUGUCACCAAUAUUUACAAAUCAAGGCAAUUGUGACAAAAUUUGUAAAUUUUUAACUAUAUCACUUGUUACACUAUGUGGACUAUCAUGUUUUAUAUUGAGUUUUACUGAUAGUUUUAAAGACAAGAAAGGGAAAAUUAGCUAUGGAUUCGCGACGAUACGAGGUUUGUGGAUAAUUGAUGGAUCAAUAAGAAUUCCAAAUCAAAUUGCAAGGAAAUAUAAGUUGAAAUUUAUUGAUUUCUUGCAUGGUUUUAUGUCCAUGUUGGUUUUUGCUGCUAUAGCUAUGUUUGAUCAGAAUGUGGUGAAUUGUUUUUAUCCGAAGCCUUCUGAUGAAAUAGAGGAGUUGCUUGUUGCUUUGCCAAUUGGAGUUGGAGUUAUUUGUAGUAUGUUUUUUGUUGUGUUUCCAACAAAACGCCACGGGAUAGGUUUUCCCCUCACCUCUAAUUAA